AUGAAGAUCUCCUCUGUGGUCUUCGCUCUCCUGACUCGAGCACUGCUUGGAGAUUUGUGUUUGGCCAUCAACGUCACCAUCACCCCAUCCCCCUUCACAGUGGCCCAGGAGGGUCAAAACAUCACUCUCACCUGUGUUGUGUCCCAGCGGCGCCGCAAUGCUGCUUUACCAGUGGUGAAAUGGACCUUCCUGCCAGAGGGCACAGACCGGCCAGAGGAUGAACUCCUCAUCGCUCGCGUCAAUAUGAGGAAGGCCCGUUUCUAUGGCAACUACACAAAGAGUUUCCCGUGGCCUAAAAUGAAGCUGACGGUGGUGAAGCAGGGGAAGAUAUUUGACCUGGUAAUCUUGAAUGUGUCUGAGGGGGACCGGGGGCUCUACAUGUGCCGGGUGCAGGAGUUUAAAAAGCACCAGGACCGCUGGAAGGCCUCUUCAAACUGCACCGCCGCCACUGAGCUCAGAGUGCACGUCCUACCGGCCACCAAGGCCAAAGAAAGCCUGUGGAGCUUGUUUGAAGAUGUGUACCUGUGUGCAGUGCUGAUCUGCUCAGUGGGUUUGCUGUGUAUGUGCAUGUUCACAGUGACAGUAACCUGUCAGUACAUACAGAGGAAGCAGAGGUUAAAAGAUAAUUACCACUUGGUCAAAAGCCCACAGAACAGCUCAGGAGAAACAGUCACCAGUGUGGUCAGUGUGUCUCCUGCUCUGCCUAAGAAGGAGAGGAGGUACAGGAAGAAAAGGAGCAGAGACUACCAAGAGGAGAUACCACCAGAGAUACCGGCAAAAGCUCCCAUUGGAGACAAAACACGAAAACCCAAACUUUUAAAACCACAACCGAGGAAAGUAGUGCUGCCAAAGAUAGUGGAGGAGAAUCUGACCUACGCAGAGCUGGAUCUGGUGAAGCCUAUUCCGGAAACCAAGGCCUCGUGUAGCGGCACUGUGUACGCUCAGAUACUGUUUGGGGAGCAGCAGCUAUGAGAGAAACACACACACACCACUAAUAACUGUGCCUUAUGUAAAAAGUAUUGUCUAUUUAUACGCUGUAUUAAGGGCAAAAUGUGUAAUGUCUCACAAUUAUGACUUCAUUGUACAUAUGAUUUUAUGUUAUUUGAUAUAACUUCCCUUUAAUGAGACCAAGAUGCAAAAGGUAUACUGGAGUAUUUCAUGUUGAUUUUUUUUCUUUUGCACCAUGUUUGAAUCCUGUGUAGCUUAAACUGGGAACACAAUAGAAAACUCUGAUGUUGACUGAGACCAGAUUUGUCCUAAAUGACAGUCGGAGUGGGACUACUACCAAUAGCAUCACCUGCAAAUAAGAAUAAUGCUGCUUUUUCAUAAUGGUUUAUUUCAAAUAGACAAUUAGACAUUUUAGGGAAUGCUCAUUCGCUUCCUUCAAAGAGUUAGAUGAGGCAGUUGAUAUCACUCCCAUGUCUGUACGUCAAGAAUGGAGCUACAACAAGGAGGUGAUUAGCUUAGCUGAGCAUAAAAGCAUAAUAAAGACUGAUAAAUAAUAAAGCAUAGACAAGCAUAGAAAUAUCCUGGAUACAUACAUUGCCAUCUUGUGCUUUUGGAGCUAGAGUCUGCCCAGUAGCUCAGCUACUUCCCACCCAUACACCCAUUUGACCCAAUAGCGAGCGGCACCUUUAAUUGCGGGCACACCAACCGGCACAUACAGCUGUCAAUCAUGUCACCACACCCCCUUUUUAUAGCAUCAAAUAACUAAUUAAAACCAGACUUUUCAGAAAAGUGUACACUUGAACAUACAUUAGCAUGGUAAGAACUACCUAUAAUGUAGAAAACAUCUUUGGGAAAAAAUAAUUUGACAAGUAAUGUUACUUCAAUUUUUCAUGUCCCAUCUGUCAGCAUGAGGGGUUUUUGACCUAUACUGCAGCCAGCCACCAGGGGGCAAUCGUAAUAUUUUGGCUUCACUUUAUACAGCAGGGAGGCAGCCGGGCUUUGAAGACAAUUUUUGUAGUGGCCAAACAAUGGAAUUGCAAUAUCUGGAGCCUAAAAAUACUUUUUCCCCAUUAACUUACAUUGUGAGACAGAUUUCUGUAGACAGGAGUUUCACAAUCCACUUGAAAAGACUUAUUACACUAUUGGGAUUUAAUCCACUGGUCCAAUACCAUCAGGAAAGCCCCGAAGAGCCACACAAUUGAAUCAUUUAAUCUCUAUACAAGUUAGCAGAGUGCUAAACCAGCUUGGGUGGCUGAAGUCUCUGGUGCGCCUGCUUUAUGGGCCGCACAAUGCGAAAGCAGCGCCGAUCAUCCAGGUGAUUUCAUAGAUGUUAGUUGAACCAUUUAGGCUUCAUGUGCCACUGAGCAACUUUCAUAGGCAAGAAUGGGGCCCAAUGCUGUAUCCAGGUCUCUUUAUA